GGAGUCCUUUGCCAGAGACUUCUCCAACCAUGGACAGCCCUAGUCUUCGGGAUCUUCAACAGCCUCUGCUGGCAGGCACAGCCUGUCAGCCCCCUGCCCGGGAGCCUGUCAAACCUGAGCUAGUGCCCCCAUCAAGAGAAACAGCCUUUGCAGAGUCCCUAAGAGGUUGGCAGUUCCCACCACCACCUCUUCCCUCUGUGAGUGGAGGCCUAGGAGAGCCAGGGCCCCCUGUCCUUGAGGAUACAUCAUCCAGUGACAGCGACUCAGACUGGGAUGUGGGCAGCCCCCUCUCCCCCCUUCUGCCCGCUGACCACCUUGGCCUGGCAGUCUUCUCCAUGCUGUGCUGUUUCUGGCCCCUGGGCAUCGCUUCCUUCUGUCUGGCCCAGAAGACCAACAAGGCUUGGGCCGAGGGGGACGUCCAGGGAGCAGGGGCUGCCUCCCGCCGCGCCUUCCUGCUGGGGGUCCUCGCCAUCGGACUGGGCCUGUGCACAUAUGCAGCUGCGCUGGUGACGCUGGCUGCCUAUCUUGCCUCUCGAGCCCCACCCUAG